GUAUAUUUCAGUCUGUGAGCAUACAAUUUUCCUUUCAGAGGAAGUUCAGUCUAUUUGUGGCUCACACAUUAUUUUAAACGGACUGGGACACAGCUGUAUACUCAGUUCUUUCUUCAUUAGCUAAGUAUCAGCCACUAUUUCCAGUUAUAUUGCUACUCUGCUCUGAUAGGCCUGUUUCAGCACUGCAAGGAGUUUUGAGCACCGCAGGGCACUUGGAGUUGGGAGUGUUUCUGCCUCACAGUUACCAGCUGCUGAGCCUUUAGGCCCUUCCCACACUGAGUAAUGGACACCUUCAUUAGAAGACAUUUCAUGAGGAAAAGCACUGCCAGCUGCUGCAAGCAUCGACGGGGCAGUGUAGCUGUACCUACCAGCAAAGCACGACGGAGGUCAAGUGCUGGCUUGCCUUCCACUGGCCUUACACAGAGGAGACGCUCCAGUUUGCAGUUGCAGUGUCUGCCUAAGGGUAUUAGAAGUCACUGUCCAGGGGGCAGUAGGCUAAUUCAAAAACAUUCUUUGAGACGCCGCUCAAGUACAACCACGCCCUGCUUGAAUCCACGUUUUGCUGUGCAGAGGAAGAAAGGUGACCAGCUCCGUACCAUAGAUGCUCACUUACUGGGGCCAUCCAUGCUUUUGGCAAGCCUGAUUCAAAUGACUGAAGAAGAGGAGGAUAAAGACAUGGCCUCAACUGUACUGGAACAGCAGAUUGAAAUGCGUCAGGAAAGGGGGCAGUCAACAUCUGGUUUGUCUAGUUCAACUUCAGAUGGUAGCUUGUCACAUUGCAGUUGUGAAUCAGAUGAGAAUGGGAGUCAUCCCUCUUCAGUGGUAGAUAGCCCCACGGACCAGGAAGCAGAGGACCAAUCUGCAAGUGUAAUGCCGGCUGUCAUGACAGAGAAUAUCUACUGCAAGCCUCUCAUCAAAGCUCCCCGGUGCUUGAGGCGCAAUUCUUCUCACCUCUUGCCAGCAGAAGCAAUUCAUUAUGGGAAAGCUACUUAUGGACUUUAUGGAAGAUACCGAAGGUCAAGUCAGAGUCAUUACUGUCAUGGUAGUCACAGACUGUCCACUGCUACCAAAGCAGUGAACAGCUGGCCUUGUCCGGGAGUACCCAUGAUGAGCUCCUGUGUCUCUGUGGCAUUGACAAGAAGACCUUCAGGGUCUCUAUACAGACGGUGUUCAGCAUGCUGCAGACGAAGCUCACAGAGUCCGCUGGGGGGAAAUGUCUAUGAUCCCCGUCAUGAGACAUGGAGCGGCUUUCUCUCGAAGGCCAUAGCCAAAUCUGGACUUCAACAUCUGGUAGCCCAACCAAGCUCAGUGGCUGUAGUGAAGACUGACCCAGACAGGGAGAUUCGCAGCACUGUGGACUGGACUGAGAGUGCCCUCUAUGGAGACCACAUCUGGUUUGAGACCAAUGUCUCUGGGGAUUUCUGCUACGUUGGAGAACAGAACUGCAUCGCCAAGGCUCUGCAAAAAUCCGUCCCUCGGAAGAAAUGUGCAGCCUGCAAGAUUGUUGUACACACCCUGUGCAUAGAGCAGUUGGAAAAGCUGGGAGAAGCAGAUGAUCAACGGCUGUAUGAUCCCACAACCCUGCCAGGGUGUCCAAUUUGUUUCCGGUGCAAACCAUCUUUCAGGGAAUCAGGGUCCCGUAAUGUGCGAGAGCCAGCCUUUGUUCGUCAUCACUGGGUUCACCGGAGAAGGCAAGAUGGCAAGUGUAGGCAAUGUGGUAAGGGAUUUCAACAGAAGUUUGCUUUUCACAGCAAGGAGAUUGUAGCCAUCAGCUGCUCCUGGUGUAAGCAGGCGUAUCAUAACAAGGUGAGCUGCUUCAUGCUACAACAGAUUGAGGAGCCUUGUUCAUUGGGAGCCCAUGCAGCUGUCAUAGUCCCACCUACCUGGAUUAUCAGGGUUAGGCGGCCCCAGACUUCCCUGAAAUCAAGCAAGAAAAAGAAGCGAACAUCAUUCAAGCGCAAGUCCAGUAAGAAGGGAGCUGAGGAGGGCCGAUGGAAGCCUUUCAUUGUGAAGCCAAUCCCAUCCCCACUCAUGAAGCCAUUGUUGGUCUUUGUGAAUCCUAAGAGUGGAGGUAAUCAGGGAGCAAAAAUGAUUCAGUCAUUCAUGUGGUAUCUAAACCCUCGACAAGUUUUUGAUCUCAGUCAAGGGGGACCUCGUGAGGGGCUGGAGAUGUUCCGUAAAGUUCAUAACCUACGCAUCCUGGCCUGCGGAGGAGAUGGCACUGUGGGGUGGAUUCUUUCUAUUCUGGAUCAGCUGCAGUUGAAUCCUCAGCCUCCUGUGGCAGUGCUUCCUCUUGGCACUGGGAAUGAUCUUGCUCGAACUCUAAACUGGGGUGGUGGAUACACUGAUGAGCCAGUGUCCAAGAUUCUUUCUCAUGUGGAAGAUGGGAAUAUAGUCCAGCUUGAUCGUUGGAAUCUCCAUGUGCAUCCAAAUUCUGAGGCGAGUCAAGAGGAAAAAGAUGAGACAGCAGCAGACAAGCUACCAUUGGACGUCUUUAAUAACUACUUCAGCCUCGGCUUUGAUGCCCAUGUUACUUUGGGGUUUCACGAGUCAAGAGAAGCCAAUCCUGAAAAAUUUAACAGCCGCUUCCGAAAUAAAAUGUUCUAUGCUGGGACAGCCUUUUCUGAUUUUUUGAUGGGAAGUUCUAAGGAUCUAGCAAAGCAUAUUAAAGUAGUGUGUGAUGGAACCGACCUGACAUCAAAGAUCCAGGAUUUAAAGCUGCAGUGCAUAGUAUUCCUCAACAUUCCCAGGUAUUGUGCUGGCACAAUGCCUUGGGGAAACCCAAGUGAACACCAUGACUUUGAGCCACAGCGUCAUGAUGAUGGAUGCAUUGAAGUGAUUGGUUUCACCAAGACAUCUCUGGCUACCCUACAAGUUGGAGGUCAUGGAGAGAGGCUUAAUCAGUGCCGAGAAGUGACUCUGACAACCUACAAGCCCAUCCCCAUGCAGGUGGAUGGUGAGCCCUGCAAACUGGCACCUUCUAUCAUUCGUAUAUCCUUGAGAAAUCAAGCCAAUAUGGUUCAAAAAACCAAGCGACGGACCUCCAUCCCUUUGCUGAAUGAUCAGCAGCCUGUUCCUGAGCGUUUGCGCAUCCCAGUCAAUCGUAUCAGUAUGCAUGACUAUGAGGCCUUACAUUAUGACAAGGAGAAGUUAAAGGAAGCCUCAAUUCCACUGGGUAUCAUUGUAGUUCCAGGAGACAGUGAUCUUGAACUAUGCCGCACCCAUAUUGAAAGGCUACAGGAGGACUUGCCAUUGUUCCAGCCAUCAUUCCAGCGUCUUGCCUUACAGGAAGGUGAAGGAGCAAAAUCAAAGGCUGUGUCCUCCCAGAAGCUUUCCCCUAAAUGGUGUUUCUUGGACUCAAACACAGCUGACCGGUUCUACCGAAUUGACAGAGCACAGGAACAUCUGAACUAUGUAACAGAGAUAGCACAGGAUGAGCUCUUCAUCCUGGAUCCUGAGCUCAUCAUCACUGAGACUGUCAGCACAUCUCCAGGAAUGCCUGACACUGCAUGCUCUUCUGGAGAGCCUGACAGCUGUGUACUUCACCACUUUGCAUUCCCAUCCUCAUCUUCCUCACCAGCACCAUCACCUGUGCCCAGCCCAACCAGCCCUUUUUCGGACAGCGAGGCCACGGCUCGGCGCCGCAGGAAGCCUCUCUUCUCCUCUUACUCUGGUUUUCCCUUUCCUAUCCGAAAGAGGCUCCCAGAGCUACAGAGGGGCUCCCAGCGGAAGCGCGUUUCCAGCGACAGCUCGGUUGCCGAGGCACUGGCCCACAACGAAUCUCUGAGGCUCACAAAGCCAGAGCUCAGCAGAAAAGGUGCAAAGAUUGUGAGUGUCCAUCGCUCCAAUACAACAGCAGCAGAUUUCAGACCAGAAGGGAGUGCUGAGAGAAACCCAACAGAAAAUGAUUCCAUGGCAAAUGCCCUGAUCAGAGCUGUGAAGACUAGUGACCUUCAAAAACUUCAAGAUCUCUUUAAAGAAGGAGCAGAUCUGAUGGUUCAGGACUCCUCAGGGUGGACGCUGCUUCAUCAUGCAGUGGUUGGCGGGAAUAAGGAGAUUGUUCAGUUCCUCAUUGAUGCUGCUCCUCCUGAGAUCUUGGAUCUGACAGAGAAAGAACAUGGAGAGACUGUCCUUCACAAAGCUGCUUCUCUAUGUCAACGUUCCAUUUGCCACUACUUGGUAGAGGCAGGUGCUUCACUCAUGAAGACAGAUCUGCAGGUAUGGCAUAUUCUGAGGGUGACACUCCAAAACACAAAGCAGAGAAAGCCAAGGACCAGGAGCUAGCUGCCUACCUGGGGAAUCGGCAGCACUACCAGAUGAUUCAACGUGAAGACCAAGAGACCGCAGUCUGAUUGACACCCUGAAGUGCCACACGAGUCAGAACCAAAAAGCAGCUGUAGAUGCCAUUCAGGGAAAAAGGAAACAGGCCUUACCUAUGAGUGCUUGGAUUUUAUUAACCAGGCACCUGGGAACCAAGGGCCUCAGGAAUGGAUUGUGGCAACACUGGAAACUCUAAGUCCAUGUGGGCAGCUGUCGUUCAUCAAACUGCUGUGGGUGUGCCACAGAAACUCUCACUUCUUGUUAAAGAUACAGGGUAGAAGGGACACCUUAAAUUUACAGUGUCAUGGAUAUUCUCUCUCUGCUUUUUUGUUCUGGGUUGUCCCAGGCUAGUACCAUGAUACCACUGGCAGAGCAGGGUGGGUAGGAGUGACAGUACAGUACCGUACCAGGGUGCUGGAGUCCUGGUGACUCUGAUGCUACAGAUGCCCUGAUGCUGGCUACUUGGGUGGGUGGGGUGUGGUUGGGUUAAUGGGUCUUAUUCCUGGAUUAUUAGUCUUAUUCUUGUGACGUUCUGAAGUAAAAGUGAACUUCACAAAGCCCAAUUUGGAAAAUGAUAUACUACACGCUGGAACAUCAGAGCUUUUGAUUUUUGUUCAUGCAUUUACUGGCUCCCAGCUUUGCUGAUUGGUCAGAAGUGUUCUCUCAUGCCGAAUGCACACCUUUGUUCUCAGCUGUCCACCUCACUAGACAUGGCAGUGGGAUGUCUGAGGCUACCCCAUCAGAUCUCACGUGUAAGGGAAUCCUUUUAACUACUUCAUCCCAAAGCAUUUGCUGACAAGUCUCUUCUGUUGGGCUCCAUUAACAUUGUGUGCUGUACUUCCAGUUUCCACCUUUCUCAAAGCAACACUUGCCUUUAACCUUCCCUACAGAACACUUACAUCCAAUUAUUUAUUUUGGAUCCAGAUCACAUCUCUGGUGUUUUCCCCAGUCUUGCAUUGCAGGCAGGUUGUUGAAACUCCAUACCAGGAGUUUCUUUUUCUAAUCCACAAUGUCUCCAGGCAUCCUUGAGGAUAAUAAAACUGCCAAAAAGUGCAAACUCCUGGGAUCCACCUAACCCAUUGAAGUGGUCACUUUCUUUGCCCAUGUUAUUAUGAGUCUUCAUUGUAACAAUCUAAUGAAUUUGCUUGAAAACAGACACCAGGUGACCACAUCACCAUGUAGUUACAUUUCUAUCUGGAGCUUCUGGUGUCCAUAGAACAGGUGUAGGGCUCAGUGCUGGGAGCCCAGUGUGAGCUACUGCCUGGUCCAGUUCCAUGCACGCUUACUCCUGCUCAGACCCACUCCCCCAUGUCUUUCUUUACUUUGUGCUCUGUGCACGUUGCUCAGUCAUAUGUGUGGUUGCAGCUGGACAGCAAAGCUCCCACAAACGAGACAAACUUUUUCUUCAGGGGUGCAAUCUGGAUUUGUCCCCCAGAUUCUCCUCGCGAUCCAUUCUUAAAUGGGUCUAGUUAAAGCGUGCUGGUGACAGAGGGAAAUCCUCUGAGUAUUUGCUGUCCCCUAAGUGCUUGACCUCUCCUCCUUCCUAUUCUUCUACUGGCCACCUGACUGACCCCCCAGUGUCCGCCAAGGCCACCACGCUUGAGUUGCUGUGCAAUUCAGGAAAGAAAUAAGUGUGAAAAUGAUUGUGCAAUAUAUGCGGAUUCUGUAGUUAGAGAGAGACUUCAAUUUUUUUGUAUCUAUGAUAGUGACCAAACUUACUGGCCAUUUGGCCGAAAUGUAAAGAUUCUCACGUUUCUGUCCUGUGGGCUGCUUUUGUUACUGUCUGCUUAAAAAAAACAAAUAAAUAUUUUAAACACCA